UUAACGAGGCUCGGGGGUCGCUGCCAUUUUAGACUGUUUUUAUCUCUACACAAAAAAGAUUUUCACUCUAAUGUCACGUAACUCUUUCAGGAGUUAUCGUUCAUAAAACGCGCUCUUCAUUCAAGUAAGGUAAUAAUAGACCAUAACAACAACAAUGGUGAAGGUAAACAUUCAGAAACGUAGAGACAAGAACGGGCGAUUUAUUAGUGAAAAACAGGGAAAAGAUUUUUCUAUAGAUAUAAAUAACAACAACAGCAACGAUGUUUCUUCACAUAUGCCGUUUGAAGUGCAUGCACUACACGAUCAUGCAUAUUUCUCCAAAAAGAAAACACCUCUCCAAGUAGUGAGCUUUUCAUCAGCACCAGUGUUCGAAAUCCCGCCAAAUGACAAUUCCACAGUUUCAUUCGGAGAGAAGAAUCUCACUCAUCCCAAGAGCCAUGGGCGGAUUACAACACUGGAAACAAAUGAUGGUUAUAUGGAUCUGGAAGAUGCACAAUAUUUUCAGGAAAAUCCCAGAAAGUUAAAUUGGAAGGAAGGCAGAAGAGUAAUUGAAAUACCAUUUCUGGCAGACAAACUUUAUCAGGGAUGCAUUACAUGCCAUCAACCAUUGCAUCUGAAAGACAUUGUUGAUGAAGAACAUUUUGGUUUGGGAAGCAUUUUUAGGAUUGUUUGCUCCUCGUGCAAAAAUGUGACCCAAAUUUCAUCUGGAAAAAGACAUAUAAGUACCUAUGGCAUAGGAGACAAAGUCAAAAGUAAAGCAUCAUACACAUGGGAUGUCAAUACAAAGCUUGCUUCAGGAAUGUUACAUACUGGCUUAGGUGUAUCUUCUGUGAAUGCAUUGCUUGCAUGUUUGAAUAUUCCUGGUAUCUCCCAUAAGUCACUGAAGGCAAGAGAGAGAGAAGUUGGAAAAAAGGUUGAAGAUGUUGCUAUAAAGUCUUGUGAGGAGUAUGCUGCCCAAGAAAUGGAAAUUUGUAAAGAUGAGGGAGUAGAAGUAUCCUUCGAUGCAGGCUGGCAGAAGCGUGGUAGUGGAAGAUCAUACAACAGUUUAUCAGGUCAUGCCUGUAUGAUUGGUACCAAAACAGGCAAGAUUAUCAGCUACGAUGUUAGAAACAAGAGCUGCCGUAUUUGUGAAAAUGCUGCAUUGUCCGAAGAACCUCCACGGCAACAUGACUGCAGGAAAAAUUGGGAUGGUAGUGCUAAAGGGAUGGAAUGUGACAUGGCUGUAAGCAUGCUAAAAGACCUUGAGGCCAAGAACAUAAGUGUGGAGACAAUUGUGAUGGACGAUGACACUACAACGAUUGCAAGGGCAAGAAAAGAAGUGAAAGCCAGACUAAAGAAAAAGAGUGAUAGUAACCACGCCAAAAAACAUUUCACCAAUAGAUUAUACGGUUUACAAAUUGCCAAAAAGUACAGACAGUUGGGAACGAAGACCAUAGCUCAUUUAAAGAAAUGUUUCAACAAUAUCAUUGCUGUGAACAAGAACAAUCCAGAAAAUUUGAAGUCAAAUCUAAGAUCAUUGACACCUCACCUUUUUGGGGACCAUAGUAAGUGCAGCGAAAACUGUGGAUUUGUACGGAACCCUACUACUUAUAUUCCAAAGAAUUUACCAUAUAGGAAAUACCUGAGUGACAAUAUGCUGAAAGCAGAUCUUCAAGAAACAAUUUCAUCAUUUGCAGACCAAGCAGAGAAGUUAGCCAAUUUAGGUAGUUCCCAGUCAAAUGAGAGCUUCAACAACACUAUUGCUUCAAAAGCUCCAAAAAGAAUGCACUUUUCAGGAUCAGAAAGUACAUCAUUUAGAGUUGCUGCCGCAACUGCCCAGAAAAACUUAGGAAGUCAUUACGUUUUGAAGGUAAAUGAAGCACUUCUCUUGUCACCAGGAGAACAUACAAAGAAACAGAUUUUACAACAUGACCUGAAAAGGACCAAGGAUUAUCAACGAAAGUCAACCACAUCAUUCAAGAAGAGAAGGUCAGCCCUAAAGUCCAAAAAACAAGCAGCACUAGAGAGCAAAGAGCUGAGGGAGGGUACCACAUAUGAGUCUGGUGUGAGCUUGGCUGACACUUCCACAGCAGCUGAUAUUCAUGAGAUACCACCUCCUCUCACCUUGCCCACCAUUUCAACUCUCCCAGAUGAAAAUUAUACUUUCAUCUGCUUUGAUCUGGAGACUACCGGUCUUGGAUUAUCAUCAAUUACACAAAUUGCCGCUAGUUGUGGAGACAAAAAAUUCAACCAGUAUGUGUUGCCAGAUCAAGAGAUAAGCCAAUCUGCUUCAGCGACAACUGGGAUAUCUUUUGAUGGUGUUGCUCUUUACAAGGAAGGGGAGGUACUUGAUGCUCUACCACUACCUGAAGCACUUGCCAGAUUUUCCACAUGGCUACAAGAGUACAACAACCCAGUACUGGUGUCCCACAAUGCCAAGUCCUUUGACUCUGUUGUUUUUAUUAACAAUGUAUCUAAAACCUGUAUAAAUUUUGAUCAUAUAACUGGAUUUGUUGACAGUUUACCACUUUUUAAAGACUUAUUACCAGGCAAGAAAAGCUAUUCCCAAUCAUCACUGGUACAUGAUGCAGGGCUGUCUUAUGAUGCUCACAAUGCUUUAGAUGAUGCAGCUACCUUGGAGAGAAUUUUGAAGUUUCAUUGUGUUUCAGAGUCUACCAUGUUGAAAUACAGUUUUCCAUUGUCCUAUGUUUACAAUGCUUUGCAGUACAGAAAAUUGAAAAUUGUAAAUAUGAACUCUCUUGCACAUCUAGUUACAUCAAAAGUAUUGUCUAAAUUCAUGGCCGAGAAAAUUGCUGCUUCUGGUCUUUGUUAUCAGCAUCUGAAAAUGUCAUUUGAAAGAAAUGGAUAUGAGGGUAUUGAAGCUUUAUUCAAAGAGCCAAUUAAUGGUAAACCAAGGGUCACAAGGUGUAAAAAGAUCAUUUCAGCUGUUUUUGAACAUUUUUCUUAGACUGCUAAGGGAGAUAACUUGUAGUAGACUAAUUAUUUUGUUGAAAAAAUCAGUUUUUAAUUUUUUUUCUCAAAAUGUACCACAAGAAAAUUUUUUUUAUGCUUAAUUAUUAUAAUACAUAUAUUGAUAAAUUAUAUAUUAUAAGUUGAACAAGAUCUUGUGGCUAAUUUUUUUUUUUGUUUACAUUUUUGUAUUAUGUGACACAUAUAUUUUCAGUAAAUUGUCAUAUUAUUAUUUCAGAUUUUUAAUUUGUUAAGUUAUUGUUACUGUAUUUAUUUAUUCUAAUGUUAUUGUUAUGUUUUUUGUCUUUAUUUGUUAUCAAUUUUUUUCCCUUAUUUUUUCCAUUUUGACAUUAUGUGCAAUAUAAUAAGAGGCAAUAAAUACUAAAUUAAGGUUGAAUGUGAUGUUGUCUUUCACUCUAAAAUGUGGAGAAGGAUUAUAUUAAACAUA